AUGGAAUUCUUAGUUGGACUUGAAUGCAAGUUGCAAAACAGUUCCUACACUACUGGGUUUGAAUACAAAAUUUGUAAGGAAGAUAGAGCCGAAAACUAUGAUGCUUCGUAUUAUAGAAGUUUGAUUGGAAGUCUCUUGUACUUGACGGCUUCAAGACCUGAUUUAAUAACGCUAGCAGCUAGUUUACUCUCAAGAUUUAUGCAAAAUCCAGAGGACAUUCAUUUUGCAGCUUCCAAAAGAGUGCUUAGGUACUUAAAAGAAUUCAAAGAAGCAAGAAUACUGGUGCAAUCUACUACAGAGCCAGAGUAUGUAGCAAAACCUCGUUUUCCAUUAUUUUACCAUCAGUUUUCCUUUGGAAAGAACAACAGCUUCCGCGGUGGCAUCCCUUAUGGACUUGGUCACUUGCCUCGCUUGCGAGUGAUUGAUAUUCAAAACAAUCAGCUCAACGGAAGUAUACCAGCAAGUCUAUUUCAACACCGGAGAGUUCAAGUAAUUUCAUUAGCUUUCAAUGAACUCGGUGGUGAAAUGUGGAAAGGGCCAUGGUAUGGACCCCAAUUCAGAGUCUUGGAUCUCACCAACAACAGCCUCACGGGUAUGAUCCCUCCUCCUGUUGGAAAUGCCACAAAAAUGAUGAACUUCAGUUUGUCUGGGAAUAGAGUCAGUGGCAACAUUCCAAAGGAGAUCAGUACUCUGAGCCAACUUGCAGACUUGUACUUGACUGAUAAUCAAUUAACAGGUUCCAUUCCAGCAGCACCGUUUAAUAUCUCGUCACUACUUUCCAUACAUCUGCGAUACAAUAGACUUUCUGGUCCUCUCUGGAUAGAUGAAGGGAAUAUUGUGUCAAAUCUGAAGUUUUUAAGUAUAUCUAACAACCAAAUUUCUGGUUCCAUUCCUUCCAACAUAUGCCAACUCACAGAGCUCAAAUGGUUGUCUUUAUCUUUCAACAACAUAACCGGAGACAUACCCAGAAAUAUUGAUUGUUUAUCUAAGCUUGAGGGGUUCUAUAUUGGCGAUAAUCCAAUAAAAGGGACUAUUCUCACUUCAUUGGGAAAUAUUUCCACUCUGCAAUAUCUUUAUUGUGGAAACAAUCGCAUAGUGGGGAUUGAUUUCAGUUUCAAUAACCUCUCGGGGAGAAUUCCAACCACUACAGGUCUUCAUCUUCCGAACCUUAAAGGACUUACCUUGGGAUUCAAUCAGCUCGAAGGAGAAAUUCCAUUGUUCAUAACAAAUGCUUCCAAGCUUGAGAUACUGGAGCUAAAUAAUAACUCUCUGACAGGAACUAUUCCUACUAAUUUGGGAAAUCUUCAUGAGCUGUGUUAUCUGAUCCUACAUGAUAAUCAACUUACCAAUGAACCAAGAGAACAUGAGUUGCGAUUCUUCAAUUCUUUGGCGGACUAUAGAAUGUUGCGAUAUCUACAAGUGGGUAACAAUCCGUUGAAUGGCACUCUGCCCAAUUCAAUUGGGAAUCUUUCAUCUACUAUUGAAAACUUUAAUAUAGUAGAUGCACACAUCAAUGGACUGAGCGGUCUUACAGUCCUAAGCCUUGGAGGAAACAACUUGAUGGGCAAUAUUCCUCCUGAGAUUGGUAAGCUUAAACAACUCCAAGGUCACCAAUUUAUUAGAGCCGUCCCUGAGUCAGACGCUAGGAUUGUGAUUGCUUCAAUUCCGUAUCCCUUGAAUGAUGGAGGCGUUGCUUCAGUGAGGGCAUCUUGUUUCUUUCCUUCUUUGGCGUUCUUCCUUUUUGAUUCCCAUGCUUGA